GCCCCCCGUGGCGCCCGACGGGCCUUGUGCUGCCAGAGAUCCUCGGCCGCGCGGCUGGCCGCGCGGGAGUGCACCCGCAAAGCCCGCGCGCGGGCGGCCCGCCGCCCGACGACGAGGAGGCGGCCCUCGGCGCAUGGGCGCGCGCUAGCGUGCCGGCGAGGUCCCCGCAGGGCUUCACCUUUGUGGCCAGCGGCGGGCGCGCCGCUGCCCUCAGCACGGCCGCGGUGUGCAUGGCUUGUGCGAGCUGCGGUGCCGUGUCGGCGCUGGUGGUGAGCUGCCUGCUGGCCCCACCCGCGCUCCUGAUAGUCCUCAUGAUGGCGCUGGCCGUUUGGCUUUCGAACGUGAUGAGCCCCUGCGAUCAGCCUCUGGACGCAUGGCUGGGGGGGGGACUGGCUGGGAUGGCGGUUCUUUUGGUCGUGCUCUUCGGGAAGCCUUGGCUGCUGAGGGUCUUGUGCAGAUGGUCCCCCAGCAGCGCCGGCGUCUCGGCGGGCAUGCCCGCGAGGGUCGCGCUCUUCCAGCUGGCGAGCUCGGAGGAUCCAGUUGAGCCCGGUCGUCCCCUUCGUGUGGGUACUGGUCGGGCGCUCGUGGGUGCGGUCCUCUGCGACCUGCAGCCGGACCAGUCCCGAGCUGCACUCAUUUGUGAGUUGGUUCUCGUCACUCGCGGCUCUUGGGCACGGGAUGCACCUCUGCGUCACCCAGCUGCUGGCCUCGGUGGUGCUUUGCCUCGCCAGGAGUAG